ACCAUCCGAACCUCCUAACGAGUCUCAACAACCUAGCCAAUGUGCUAGAAUUCCAAGGAAAGCACGAUGAAUCAGAGGCAAUGAAUAGGCGUGCACUGGAGGGGCGCGAAAAGGUUCUUGGACCAGACCACCUGGACACCCUAUCAAGUCUCAACAACCUAGCCAAUGUGCUAGAAUUCCAAGGAAAGUACGAUGAAUCAGAGGCGAUGCACCGGCGAGAACUGGAGGGUUCGGAGAAGAUUCUUGGACCAGAACACCCGGACACCCUAAUAAGUAUGGGCCACCUGGCUAAUGUGCUAGAAUCCCAAGGAAAGUACGAGGAAUCAGAGACGAUGAAUCAACGGGCACUGGAGGGGUGGGAGAAGAUUCUUGGACCAGACAACCCGGACACCCUAAUAUGUCUCAGCAACCUAGCCUUUGUGCUAAAAUCCCAAGGAAA